CUGACUGCAAGUACAAGUUUGAGAGCUGGGGGGGCUGUAGCGCUCAGACAGGUGUUAAGACUCGCUCUGGCAUCCUGAAGAAAGCCCUGUACAAUGCCCAGUGUGAGGAGAUCGUCUAUGUGACCAAGCCCUGCUCUUCCAAGAUCAAGUCCAAGUCCAAAGCAAAGAAGGGCAAGGGGAAGGACUAG